GUAGUAACAGAAAAAGGAGAAGUUAACCUGGUCCGUCGUCUCUAUUUGUCUUAAUAAUUUAUAAAAUCCGAGUUUCUUUUAGAAAUAUGUUUUUAUUUUUAAUAUACUCUCGGUUAUGAUUUAAAUAAAAAACAGACAUGUUGGUUUAUUCGCCGUCCGGCCGCGAAAAUGUUCUGCUUUUGAAACUGACCCAAGGAUAAGAAUGCCUUUGUUGCUAUGCUAACUAGCUUAGCUUAGCCUAGCUUCAGGAUGGACAGCUGAGAGCUAACAGGAGGAGAAGGAGCUACAUGUCCUGUGAAUGAAUCUUCGAAGCACCGUCUCCUGGGCGUCGAGGGAGUUUUGUUGGCGCCUUUUGCUACCUCCUAAACCGAAAAGACAAUGAAGAACUGCGAGUACCAGCAGAUAGACCCCCGGGCUCUGUCAGUUUCCCCGCAGUCGGCUCAGAACCACGCCGAUAAGAAGCUGCAGCGUCCGCGGAGAAAAUGGCAGGUGUUCCCGGGAAAGAACAGGUUUUUCUGCGACGGUCGCCUCAUCCUGGCCAGACAGAACGGCAUCCUUCCUCUAACGCUGGGCCUUAUUAUUGUCACCAGUGGCCUUUUCUUUGCUUUCGAUUGCCCCUUCCUGGUGACGCAUCUGACCGUCUUUAUACCUGUGAUAGGAGGGGUGCUAUUCAUGUUUGUGGUCGCCUCCCUGCUGAGAACCAGCUUCACAGAUCCAGGCAUUUUACCCAGGGCCACUGCAGAUGAAGCUGCAGACAUAGAAAGGCAGAUAGAUACCUCAGGAUCCUCAACAUAUCGCCCCCCUCCUCGAACCAAGGAGAUCCUCAUCAACCAGCAGGUGGUGAAGCUAAAGUACUGCUUCACCUGUAAGAUGUUCCGGCCUCCCCGGACCUCCCACUGCAGUCUCUGUGACAACUGUGUUGAGCGAUUUGAUCACCACUGCCCGUGGGUGGGGAACUGUGUCGGCAAACGCAACUACCGCUACUUCUACAGCUUCAUCAUCUCUCUGUCUUUCCUGACGUCUUUUAUAUUUGGCUGCGUCAUCACACACAUCACUCUUCGUUCUCAGGCAGGGAAAAAUAUUGUGCAAGCCAUUCAGGAGAGUCCAGCAAGUGUGGUGGAAUUGGUGAUUUGUUUUUUCUCCAUCUGGUCUAUUUUGGGCCUCUCAGGCUUCCACACCUACUUAGUAGCCUCCAAUCUCACCACAAAUGAAGAUAUCAAAGGGUCCUGGUCUAGUAAACGAGGUGCAGAGGAGUCUGGAAACCCCUACAGUUAUAACAACAUUAUAACCAACUGCUGUGUUACAUUAUGUGGCCCUAUGCCUCCAAGCCUGAUUGAUCGAAGAGGGUUCCUUCCUCCUGAUGAGGUGAUCUCUGUCGCUGCAGCCUCAGAGGUUGAACUGCCUCCCUUCAUACCCAAGAGCGAAGCGAACAUGUGCACUCAGAGCACAAAGGAUGCAUUGGAGAGGAUGCUGCACUCCACCGACCUUCAUGGUCUGUGUCCUUCAGGGACCCCAAAGACCACCCCUAUGGUUCUAGAGGUCCUCAGCGCUCCAGAGACCAAAGAACUCUCCCUCUCCUCUGGCUGCUCCCAUCAGCUCGCGCGCCAGGCUGUGGUUGACCCCUGCCCUCCAUUCAGCAAAAACAACAGGAGAGACUCUCUGCACUCCAUCAAUCCGGCUUUCCGCCUGGCUUCUCCCUCCCCGACGCUUAGCCGCAGCGUGCUGGUCCUGGGUGAAGGACCCGACAUCGUUUUUUCUCCCCAGCAGCAUUGAGAGCGCUCGGUCACCAUCAGAACGGACAGGGAGACAUGGUGGAACACGUCUGGUGUUUAUUAUCAGGCUCUGGAUUCGGACAUUUUUUCAGAGCAGUGAUUGUGAUGCAUGUUGGAAAUUGGUGUCUCAAGACGUCCUUGUGAGGAGAUCCGAUUAAUAUCUGUCACUAGUGUCCAGUUGUACAAAUCCUUCAAACUGGAGGGGAAUCUUAGUAACAUUUGAGAGCACAAUACAGAAUUAUUUUUUCACAUCUUUUUUAGGACGCUCGUAAUGUCCCACCUCUUCUGCAGAACCGCAGAGUUUAAGUUCCUGCUAAUAUCAUAUGCAAACAAAGGGUGACAUGUGGGCAGACGUUUGAUUGUGGUUGUUAAAGUAAGCUGCCCAAAACAAAAAAGUUGGACUUUGUUAAAUUUUCUGGAUAGUGAGCCAUUUUAACACCAAUAGCCUCUUGCAUUAUCCUAAAGUUUUCUGUAAUCUACAUUGUCCUGUCUAUGUUGGAUGAUGUGGUCGUAGAAGGGCAAGUGUUUUGCACAGGGCAAAGUCACUCUGUUUUUAGUUUUUGUGUUAACAUGUUAAAGGUGCUGCUGCAACUGCUUUUUAAAAAUCCUUUUAUAAGAAAACAAGAGACCGAGUUUCUUCUGAGAGAUUCUGCAAACGGUUUGAAAGAUUCAAAGUUAUUUUUCUCAGAUAAAAAAAAGAUUUGUGUCCUGCAAAACCUUUAUGAGAUUCUUAGUUACUUUGGAUAAACAUUGUAGCAGUUUUGCAACAUCCCUUGGAGCUUAUUUGAGAUCCCAAAGAUCCUGAGUUACUUUUUUUCCCCCAUCACUUUGGCUCACAAUCCUGUAGAUAUGCAGGAUCCUAUUAUGCUUUCAGCAGACCCAGAAUCACAUUUGCAGGAUCCCUCAAAAGCUUCAUAAGACCUUUAUUGACUUUACAAAACCCUGCAAAAGUUUUCUACAAGAUUUAAAGAUGAUUUCAUGGUAUUUUUUAAAAGUUGUUGGGGAACAUGAGUUACUUUUAUCAGAUCCUAGCUGUUAUUGUGAGACGCUGCAAAAGCCUUAAAAUAUUCACAUUUAUUCCUGUCAUGUUUCAUAAAAGUUUUUUUUACCGUAGCCUCGAGCUGCAGGUCAUAAGUGGCUUCUUUACUAGAAAAACAUGAUCACCAUCUGAAGUGUUGCUAUUAUUGUAUAAAAAUGUUUCUUUUUUGAAAGAUGCAUAACUCAAUCUUCAAAUGAAGGGAUCAUGUGUGUAGAUGAAAAUAACAGAUGCCACCUUUGCUGGGCUUUACAAAAUAGGAGUUUAAUUAAAAUGGGGGGAAAGUUGCACAUAAUUAUAAAAUUGUGAACCCUUCCCCAUAGUAUUUACUCUUAAAAACAUAGAUUUUGAUUUUUUUAUUCAUGCUUUUCAUUUCAUGCUUUGCUUCUGUUUUUGCAUAUUAAAAUGUUUGCAGGAUCUUGCAAAAGAUAACUCGGGUUGUUGUAAAACUUUACUUUUCUUUUUUCACUGCUCCUGGGCACAGAAGUGGAAAAUACUACUUAAACCAUACAGUUUGUUCAGAUUUUUUUUUCCAUGUGAAAAAAAAAAUGAAAACGUGCAACUUUUUUUUGUUUCCUUUUGUUUUAGUCCAUUCAUCAGAGCAAAGGUUCUUAAGUAGGUUUUGCAACUUUUUUGGGGACUUAUUUAGCAGUAUUAAAUGCUGGAGCUGCACAUGUUUAAUGUAUUCUGCAGGGAUGAUUCAUAGAUUGGUCUUAGCAUGUUUUUUUUUUUUUAUCAGUUUGGCUGCAGCACAGAGUCAACUUAAAAUAUUAGUUGUCUCAAACAUCUGAACUUUACAAAAUAAUUUGAGCAGCAUGGGUUAAAAAACCACCACCAGAGGGCAGGAUGUGAACAACACAUUCUGUUAAGUCUGAAGUUGGUAACAUGAUCAUCAUUACAAAAUAUGCCUUUUUUAGUCCUAUUUAUUUAUAUAUAUUUUGUAUUUGAGCUUUGAUCGUGUUCAUAUCUUGUGAGUUUGUGAAGAUUCACUUUAGCGUAGUCGGGUUGAAAGCCUGCAGCAAGGCCUGUAGGUUCAGUAGACAGUUACAAGCAGUGCUUGUAUGAACAGACUUGUUUGUAUGUUGCAGUGUAGCAGUAAAACUGUAUCAUGUGACCAAUAAAAAUCCA